UUCGUGGGUAUGCAAGUUUUGAAGAUGCGCCUCGACGGGAACGUGGGGUACCUGACGGAUGAAGUCAGUGAGUGGAGAUCAGCUGUCCUGGCUUAAGCUAUAUCUACACUACAUGACCUUUACUACUAUAUUGCCAUGACAUAUGCUUGACUUGGGGGAUGAUCUUUCUACGACAGUAUGGGUCACUAGAUAAAUCUUUAUUUAGUGUAGGCUGAACGUGUCUGAUCGCUCCAACCAUUUAUUAUUUAUAAAUAAGUUCUGCAGGGUCCUCCGAAACUGACGCGACUCUCCGCCUCCGCGAAAACGACAUGCCAGCCUUAUUGCGGAAACUGGCUAUCUUCGCUGCCGUUGAUGGACUUAUUCUCCAGUUUCCGGGGAAUGGGUUGCGGCACAAUGGAAACAGCGAGACCUCCUCUAUUCGGAUUGACUACAAAACUGGCAGGAUUUCAUCCAUACCAGCCUACCCUGCGGACCAAGAUGAGCGAGAUCCGGGGUUGGAGGCUUUUGGCCUUGUGGGCCUCCUAAACGUUGCAUCAUAUUCCUUUCUCAUCUCUAUAACUCAACGCCAACAGGUUGCGCAAAUUCAAGGAAAGCCUGUAUAUACUAUCAGCAAUGUCGCCGUCAUUCCAAUUUCAUCGCAAGAAGAUGCUAGCCGCGCAAUCUCCCAGGCAAAGGAACAACUUUUACAAGGUGAUGACGAGCAAGAUGAGACGGCUUCGGAGGAGAGCCUCUCUGAUGUAGAAACUGAGGGAGAGGAGGUCGAUAUUAGCAGCGUUCCAUCUUCUCCGGUCCGAGAGACUUACCAUGUGAGAGGCCAUAGUGUCAGUAGUAUUGCGGAAGAUGUGAUCGGGAAAAAGGCCCGGUUCGGGCGUUUCGCAGCAAAUUGGCUGUCGAGGAAAACUCUUGGGUUACCAGGAUUUGGUACAGUGGGCCAAAACACUGAAGACCCGUCUAAAGUUUCGAAUCAAUCGAUCGAACUUACAGAUGUGAACAAAAUUAACACCGAAGCAACUACGGCGGAAGGAGAUACUUCGCUGCAAAAGACCACAGGACAGCCAUCGUCGGCCGACCCGACGGUUGAAUUGCUACCGAAAUUGCUUCGUUAUACGAAACUGCUGUUUACAUCGAGUAAUUUCUUUUUCGCUUACGAUUAUGACCUCACUAGGCACAUUGCCGGGCAAAGGCUGGCGCUCAAUAGCCAUCUACCACUACACAAGAUAGUGGAUGAAUUGUAUUUCUGGAAUAAACAUCUCAUGGCACCAUUCAUCACAGCCGAUGCCCAUAGCUUUGUGUUACCGCUGAUGCAGGGUUUUGUCGGCCAGCGGGAAUUCACUGUAGCUACUGCACCGGACCACCAGCCGACUAGGUUGGAUAACUCCACUCAAGGGAGCUCCGAAGGCCGUAUUUUGGGUGAAAAACAUGAGGCACAAGCUUCUGGUGCUGAUGUCAAUAAACGGAACUUUCUCCUUACCCUGAUUUCUCGGCGAUCGGUCAAGCGGCCUGGCCUCCGAUAUCUCCGCCGUGGUGUUGAUGAUGAAGGAAAUACCGCCAACAACGUAGAGACCGAACAGAUUCUCUCAGUUCCGGACAGGGAUUCUGCGCAUAAUAUGUACUCCUAUCUGCAAGUGCGUGGUUCUAUUCCCCUAUACUUCUCCCAGUCCCCAUAUGCUUUCAAGCCCGUUCCUGUGUUGCACCACUCGACAGAAACGAACCAGUUUGCCUUUGAUAGACACUUUCGGGCACUAAGCCAAAAGUAUGGCAAAAUUCAAGCCGUCUCACUCAUUGAUAAGCAUGCCAGCGAAAAGAAGCUAGGGGAGCAGUAUGAAAAAUAUGCGCAAGCUCUCAACAAAUCAGGAGGAAUAGAAGGUGCACCUCUCGGUUUAGAGUGGUUUGAUUUCCACAAUGAAUGCCGUGGGAUGAAAUUUGAGAACGUCAAUCGGCUCAUAAAUAGCUUGGAGAACACUUUGAACGAAUAUGGGGACACAAUCGUGCGGAACGAUACUGUUGUUCGAGGUCAAACGGGUAUCAUCCGCACGAAUUGCAUGGACUGCCUAGACCGUACGGGAGUCGCACAGUGCGCCUUUGGUCAAUGGGCCCUAGAGCGGGAGCUGAAGCAGGAAGGUAUCGAAAUUGAUCUCAGCGGCGAUUCCUCGACUCAAUGGUUUAAUACCCUUUGGGCUGAUAAUGGGGACGCCAUCUCCAAGCAGUAUUCCUCGACGGCAGCUCUAAAGGGCGACUAUACACGGACGAGGAAGCGGGACUACCGGGGUGCACUGAACGACCUGGGUCUGACUUUAACACGUUACUUUAACAAUAUUGUCAGCGACUAUUUCUCACAAGCAUGUAUCGAUUACUUAUUGGGGAAUGUCUCUACGCAAGUAUUCAAAGAAUUUGCCACGGAGAUGCAAACAGCUGACCCAGGAAUUUCGGUUCAAAAGCUCCGCCAAAAUGCUAUCGACACAAGCUGCAGGAUCGUGAUAAGCGAACAAUCGGAGGAGUUUCUAGGCGGUUGGACUAUGCUUACUCCACGACAACCUAAUACCCUGCGAACCUUGCCAUUCGAGGAGGCGGUUCUCUUGCUCACAGAUGCCGCCAUCUACAGCUGCCGGUUCGACUGGAACACCGACAAGGUGCUGUCAUUCGAACGGAUUGAUCUACGCUCCGUGACGCGAAUCAACUACGGCACAUAUAUCACUUCCAUUCUAACCGACACCCAAACUGACAAACGUGGCAACGUCGGCCUUGUCAUAGAGCAUCGUGAGGGCGACACAAACGCUCUUCGUGUCAACACUCGCUCGUUACAGAGUAACGUGGACACCAAGACACUCGACAGCAACGCCACCUCCAACAACGAAUGGGACAUGUAUUCCUGGUUCAAGGGUGCCCCACGGUCCAAAACUCAGUUCAUUGCAUUCAAAGCUCUUCCCCUCUCUAAUUCUGUCACGCAGACAAGGAGAAGCAGUACAACAGUUAGCGAAAUAGAUUGGGUGCGGGCCAUCUGCGAGGAAAUAGAGCGAGCCAUGAAGGUUGGUGAGGCUCCGCGACCAGAUUCCGAUGAUCAUGAAGGAUCAUCCAUAAUUGAAGCGUCAGACAUUAUUUCAUUGGAAGAUGCCAAGGCACGGACUGGCAUCUUAGAGCACUUGGUUUAUGACAUAAAGAAGUUGGUGUGGGCAUAGAUUGUGUGACGGAAUAUAUCGUCUUCUUAUACAUACAUAGUUUAUAGGCGUACACAAUUUCCCUCGGGGCUAUAGUCUAGUAUAUAGUAUAUCAAUCAUUGC